AUGGUGCCACAGUUCCCCUCGCAAGCCUUCUAUCGAGCGGCCAAUUUGACCGUGGAUACAAACCAUGCCCAGCAAAAGUACCUCGAGGAAGAAGACAAAAGCGUGCUUGACGAGAACAUCCUCGACCACAACACCAUAGACUCGGGUCUGGAACUCUCGCCUCCAAUGGCCGACAGCCGGAGAGAAUCAUUUGCCGUCUCCGGCACUCUUUUUUCUCCCAAGACUGAGGAUUGGCAGUCGGUCGAUAUGCAGUCGGUGCCUUCGAACAACCCAUUUUUCGAGCAACCGAGCGGCAGCAGCAACAACCCUUUCAUGCGGAUCGACCAGAGCCAAACGCAUGCCUUCGGACAACAACAAAGCGGCAGCUGGUUGAUGGGUUCCGGCUCCGGCACCACGACCCCCUUCCAUCCCUUCGAGUCGAUUCCCGCAGAGUACGACGCGGGCUCCUCCAUUUUCCAGCGAUCGGUGCAGGGUCAGAACGGCUAUAACGCGGUCGGCAACAUCUUUGCACCUCUCGGCUCUGGCGAGCAGCACAUGCCCACGUCCCCGCAGAAAGAAUGGAUGGCUACGGCUCAGUCUGCCGCCAAGAAGAUGCGUUCGAGCAGCCCAGGGAUCCGAUCCCACAACGAUCUCAGAAGAGGAGACGGCAUCCGCAAGAAGAAUGCCCGCUUCGAGAUCCCCGCGGAGCGCAACUUGAACAACAUCGACCAACUGAUUGCAUCCUCGACCGACGAGCAGGAGAUCAAAGAGCUCAAACAGCAAAAGCGCCUGCUCCGCAACCGACAAGCAGCUCUUGACUCAAGGCAGAGGAAGAAGCUACACACUGAGCGGCUCGAGGACGAGAAGAAGCACUACACCGCACUCAUCAACGACUUGGAAGAGGAGGUGGGCGGCCUCAAGGCAAAGAUGGAGCUGCUGCACCGUGAGAAGCAGUCCUGCAUGGACUACAUUGAGACACUCACCCUUGAGAAGGACGAGAUGAUACGAGCCCACACGCUCGAGACGGGAGACCUUCGUAAGAAGGUCGGCAUUCUCACCGAACAUGUCCAGAGGCUUGAGGCCACACCGCUCGCCACGGCGCAGACGUCCCACAUGAACCACGGGUUCCCUGGCGCCUAUGAUGACAUGAACGACAUGGACAUGACUGGCGCCUGGGACAACGCUGGCUUCCUCAACGACUAUGCCCCUGAGCCCGAGGUCAAGCAGGAGAUGUCCAUCGUUCCCGCAAAGAAGACCGAGGGCGCGGCCUCCGAAGACAGCGACAAGGGUGCUUCUCAGGGUGGACUGCUCUUCAUGCUCUUCCUUGUCGGAGCCUUUGUCAUGUCGAGGGGUUCCACGCCGCCCAUCACGCGCGUGUCUGAGGACGUGCGUGUGGCGUCGGAGACGCUUCUCCAGAACGUGCUCAACGACGCGGGCGUCAAGCCUCAAGCACAUGGGCUCCAACCCAUGGCUCCUCAGCCGUCUGGGGCGGUCAACUGGCCACAGCCAACGGCGACGGGAGCCCCCGUGGCCGGUAUGCACGUCGCGCCCUCCAUGCUGGAGGAGCUUGGAGACGCUCUGUCACAGCCAUCAGAGCGGCAGACCAACGAGCACAUCUUCUCCAUGUCGUCCACCCAAUACAAUGGCGUCCACAAUCAAGACUUCAAUCCGCCCAAACGAUCCACCAGCCAGGGCCGCAAGAACCUUGCCGAGGCGCUCGCAGAGAUUCGGGACGACAAGCAGACGGGCGCGGCCGAGGUGUACACGCGAUCGCUUCUCUGGAACCAGAUUCCCAGGGAAGUGGUUCGAAAUUUUGCGAAAAUGGUUUCCGAGUGCAGCAACGCACAGAAUGAGCAGCAAUGCAACGACACGACGUGA